GGUAUAUAAGGGGUGUUAAGGAGGGUCGUGUGCCAGACACGCAGCCCACCGGCCCCGGGCAGCUCCCGCCGCUGCUGCCGCCGCCCCCGGGGCGCGUGCCAGCGCCGCGCCCCCUCCCCCAACGUCUCCCCCCGUGGCUCCGUACGUCCCGUCAAACCGGCGAACUGUUACACCGCGGCGCAACUCAACCCGUGAAGAGAGGGUCCCGCUCCCCGUCCUCAUCCCCGGCGCCCCGGAGGAUGCUGGUGAAGGCGGAGGGGCUCACGCCGCCCGGCGAGGACGAGCUGCUGCUGCUGGGCUUGGCCUCGCCCGCCCCCUCACCCUCGCUGCCGUCCAGCGCCGAGGAGGAGGAAGAGGAGGAGGAGGAGGAGGAGCUGCGGGCAACCUCACCGGCGAGGCCCGUCGAAGCGCGAGGGUUACGGCGGACGGAAGGAAAACGACGGCCAGGGCGAUCACGCGGUGCUCCGCGAACUGCUCGGACGGCGGAGACGGCUCAGCGGAUCAAACGGAGCCGGCGGCUGAAGGCCAACAACCGGGAGCGGAACCGAAUGCACAACCUGAACGCGGCGCUGGACGCCCUCCGCGACGUGCUGCCCACCUUCCCCGAAGACGCCAAGCUCACCAAGAUCGAGACUCUCCGCUUCGCCCACAACUACAUCUGGGCCCUCACCGAGACCCUGCGACUGGCCGGGGCGGCGCGGCUCGGGCCGGAGGCGGUGGUGGCGACGGGGCCGGUAACAGGAGGGGGAGGUCCCGCCGAGGGCAGCCCCUCGCCCGCUUCGUCCUGGAGUGGCGGCUCCGCCAGCCCCGCGCCCUCCGUCUCGCCCUAUGCCUGCACUUUAUCCCCCGCUAGCCCUGCCGGUUCCGCCUCGGAUGCCGAGCACUGGCCCGGCCGCUUCGCUCCGCCGCCGCUGCCGCCUCGCCGCUGCCUCUAGCCCUAGGGUCGGUCCCGGGAGGGGGCGGCGGCGGCGGCAUCUGCCCGCUUCCCAGGGCAGGCUGUGGGAACGGCACCUGCCAAACCAAACUUGGGCUCUUCUCUCCGAUGUGCACUUUGUCCCGUUUUUCCCAGAUCUGUCACCAGGGCUUUUGUGUGUGACCCACCCCCUCCUCCAUCUCCCUGCUCCCCCUUUUGCCAUCUGUCCCUUAGGAUUUAUAGGCGGGAGGGGGUGGGGGGGGGUGGGAUGGGGGGAGAAAGUGAGUUUAAAAAAGAAAAAAAAAAGUGAAAUAAAAAGUAAAUUGUUUUGUUAGGGGUGCAGGUUAGAAGUCAUUGUAUAAUUUGUAGGCUUUGUGAGGGCUGAAUGCAAGCGUGGAAAUUUAGGCUGAACUCUCUAUCAAAAGGGGAGAAAAAAAAAACCAUAGAGGGAAGAGGGGAGGAGGGGGAGACUGGGGAGGGAGGCCCCCUCCUCAUGCAUUAUUUAUUUCGACCUUUAGGGGACGAGGAACUCCCCCCUUCUUUCAGGAGAUUAAAAAUAAAUCAACAGACUGAAAACCCCAACAGACACGGGACAUUACAGCGAUCAGCCACACACGUGUUCACAUUUAUUUAUUAUAAAGAAAGAUUUCAUGGAAAAGAUGUAUUUUUUUGGUAUAAUUUACAGAGUUUAUUCUAGUAUGUAUUUACAGCUGAAGAACAAAGGGAUUUUGUCCUUGUCAGAAAAAGUAUAAAUAAAUAAAAAUCUCUAAUUUUCGUAA